CCCCAAGUCUCAGCUUUGAGAACUCCAGCACGUCCGAGUCGCCAACUCGUGCUGCCAUCUUCUUUUCGCAGCUUCAAUCUCCCGAGGCUUUAUUCCUUGUCAAUUCCAAGACAAAGGUCUUCUUCCAUUCUUUCUGCGCGCCAAUUGCCGCUUGGUACCUUGGGGAUCGCCCGUCUCAGGCAGUAAGAGGGAACGUCGUGCAGCCAUGUUACUUGCAAAACCAUGGACAAGCUUGUGUUUGAUGGCGGGGAGCUUGACGGGGGCAUGGGCGCGGUCUGGAGGAUUGACCGAAGAUCCUGAUAUCAAGGCCAUCUCGCUGCGGACACACACCCUCGAGCCUCCAUACCUCGACUCGGAUAUGCAAAGCCGUUGGUGGGACUUUGGCGGAGACACCAUUAUUCGGACUGAUAAGUACAUUCGACUUGCUUCGGACAAGCCCUCGCGCGAUGGCUGGAUCUUCUCGAGAGUCCCUCUCACGGCCACAAAUUGGGAGGUCAUGUUUGAGUUCAAGAUUCAUGGACAAGGAAACCUCUAUGGUGACGGCUUUGCCAUGUGGCUCACCAAGCAGCGCGCACAGCCAGGAAAUGUCUUUGGCCAUACUGACAAAUUCGAGGGCCUCGGCAUCUUCUUCGAUACCUACAAGAAUAACCGACCAGGCACCGUAUUCCCCUACAUCAUGGCUAUGAGUGGCGAUGGAAACACGGCGUAUGACAAGGAUAACGACGGCAAGGCCAACGAGCUUGCUGGAUGCUCGGCUCGCGGCAUUCGCAACGCGCAAAUCGCAACCAAAGCCCGCCUCACGUACUUCCAGGAGCAGUUCCUCCGCCUCGAGAUCCAAUACAAGGCCGAAGACGAAUGGACCAUGUGCUUUGAAAUCCCCAACUUCAAGGUCCCGCCUGUUGCAUACCUGGGCUUCUCUGCCGAGACUGGUGAGCUCUCCGACAACCACGACAUUGCUUGGGUCAGGUCAACAAACCUCUACAAGAAGAGCCCUGGUGCGAUGCCAUCGACAGGAAGCACCGGUGGCAAGACCGCUUCGUCCAUGAGCCGCGAGAGACCUAGCGAGGGAAGCUGGACAUGGACUUUUGUAAAAUUCGUGCUGUUUGGUAUGGCACUAACUGGUGCAUACGUCGGUUUCACCGUCUACAGGGCCAGGCAAAGAGACCGAUUCUAGGGGAAGAAUUCAUAUCUGAAGUUCAGCGGACAGAAAAGGCGAAGCAUCUGGAAACGUCGGAGAUUACAGGUCGAUGGGUGCGUCGAGAUUGGGGAUAAGUACGAUUGGACAGCAUUGUACAGUGUUAGAUGAUGGAGUUGGUGGUGUGAAAACGGCCUGGAAAAGGCCGUGAACCUUGUUUACAGUUCCCUAGCAUGUUUCCGUAUUAUUAUUAUACACCUGGUCUAUACCGAGUCACAAUCGCACAUACAAAAUUCAUUCCAAGUAAAUCUAUUGUCUCCGCUCAUAAUAACAGAUCUCUGCACU